AUGAAAGUUUCAGUUUUUCUUUUGCCUUUUGCGAAUUCUUGCAGGCAGAGCAGCUCAGUUAUAAAUCUGAAGAGUUCGAGAAGAGGUGGAAAAGAUGAUUUUACGAAGAUUUCGGAGAAGGUGAUUGAUUGCGUUCUUGGGGCGAAAUAUGAAGAGAAUUUUCAUGAAUAUGUUGCUGAUCAGAGUGAGUGGCUCAUGAUGCUCAGGAUGAACUGUGGAUCAGUUUGUUCCUCUGUCAAUUCUCUCGACUGCUACAAAUGUUGGGAGCAGAAUCUCAUCUCCGAAUCUGCCUUUGACGAGCUCUGCUAUUUCUACCAAUUCGAAAACUGCCAGUACGAAAAUGACUUUCGAAGAUUUUUUCGAAAGGCGAAAAAUUGUCUUUCGCGAAAAUUGAAUCUCAACGAGCUGAUUCAAGAAGAAUCGAUGCGAGAAAAAAUUAUGCUCAUGGAUUUCGAGCUUGGUUCAGCCCGAAACGAGCAAAUUCCGAGGAACGAAAUAGAAAUUCCAGAAAAAGAUGUUUAUUUCCGAAGCUUUGGAAAAUGCAUAAAAGUCGACGAGCAAGACCUUUUGAGGUUUCUACAGACAGCGCAAUUCAUCGAAAAAUGCCUUGGAAAAUGCGAAAUUUGCGAAAAUCGAGAAGAAAUUUCAAAAUGCGCUAAGUGCUGGAAAAACUCCUUGAACUUGAGUUCUGAAGCCUUCAUCGCAUUCUGCCAACUUCCCUACAAAAACUGCGAAAAUCUCAAGCAGAACACGUGGACGCGCCAAAUCUCGAAAUGCAUCGACAAGGUCGCGCGCAAGAAACAGAAAAACUUCAAUUAUCUUUUGAUUAACUGGAGAUUUCAUGGUUAG